AGCGGCUCCUGUGGUGGCAGCGGAACGGUGCUCGCCGGCUGUAGCGGCGCUGCGCGGCCUCAGCGUCUCGCCAUGACCCGUGGGAAUCAGCGUGAACUUGCCCGCCAAAAGAACCUGAAGAAAACUCAGGAGAUCCACAAAGGCAAAAGGAAAGAGGAUAGCUUGUCUGCUUCUCAGAGGAAACAGAGAGACUCUGAAAUCAUGCAGCAAAAGCAAAAAGCAGCUAAUGAAAGGAAGUCUCUGCAAGCAGGAGCAAAAUGAGCUGCCACUAUGGAGAAGAUAGAUUGCSCUGAUGAAGCAGAAGGACCUAGAAGAACAUUCAUAAAAGUGUCUGGCCAUUAAAUGAUUAAACGUUUAUCGUGCAGAGUUGUUCAAGUAGCAUUAGUUAGAGUAUUUUCUGGUUACUAUAGGCCUAGUUGUCUGGAGUGCUCUUUCAGAAAUGACUACACUCUUCUGCAUGUGUAUGAAUAAAAGUACCAAGCAAUAGCUUUAUUUUAGCUUUUGCUGCAACUGUUAGUUUUACUUAGUGGUUCCAGUAAUAGAAUUUCUGAAUCUACAGUUAGACCAGAUUUGGUUGUCUGAAUUCUCGAAAGUACUGCUUCAUUCAGAAUGGAACACACUUGUAAAAUGUGCUUAACCUUGCAGAGGUCUUAACUGUAAAUCUCAUCUUAAAAUAUUUUUACAAUAAAAUGUUGCAUGAAAUA